AUCAUGAGCUCCUUGGUAGGUGGAGUCCCGGGACAUCAUCGCCUUCGUACUCAAUGCGGUAUCUGCAGCAAAACAUUGUUGGUUGGGAUAAGCUUUGUGACUUUACUAGGUGACGGUCUUGAACCAGAAUCGGGGGUUUGUCUAGACCGUGCGGUAUUCCCCGACUCCCGGAGCAUCAGGGUUGGCGCCAAAUACAUUUGCUGGGCACCAAGCUGCAGGCGAUGCACAGAUGCUACCGAGGCGGUAGGCCUGCAUUCUACAUGCCUGAAUCUGUUCCAAGAAAACUGCAAAAUCGACAAGGCGGUCGACAGAUUGUGGAUAACAAUUGGCAAGAGGAACCUCUGGCAACGCGCUCCCAUGCUUCAUCUGGAUCGCGAAACAGGACUUGACAUCGAAAUUGUCCGCGAGAAAGCAGAAGCUUAUGGCAUUCGACUACUGAAGCUCCUACCAGCAGAGCUCAUCCAGAUGGUACAAGAAUACAGCGAUUCGGCAACGUUCUGGCGGUACAUCCACGUUCUCAGCACAGCUCGGGAAUUGUCCCGCUUAAUGCCCGAUACCGCUCCGCCAGUUAUCUCGAUACCUUUGUGUAAUAUCCUAUCUUGGACACGAGGAAAUUAUGCUGCUGUGUUAUCAAACAACUGUCCGCCCGUAGUACGCUUAACUCUUGAUCACAGGGGGAUACGUAAGGUAGAAAGGCUGUCGAAAUCGUCAUACGAACCAGGACAUCGUUCGGACAGGGAGGCAUUUGUUAUUGGCCCUGCGGCAUGCUUCCAGGAUGUUGUGGCCGUACUGAAGUUCCACGUGCUGCGGCUUGAGCUACCUGCAUCUCUGUCGGGGUUUCACAUCUGGGAUACCCCCAGCCCCCCUGGUAUUGAGGACUGCGACUUUUACGGCCGUGUUACACCGUCCAUGCAAUUCAAGACCACCAACUUACGCAGUGUAACCGGCCUCACGUUUUUCUUCUCUUUCAGCAAGCUCUACGCGAUACACGUGCAUACACGUGCGAAGCCGUAUGCAACGAAAACAUUUGACCGCCUUCCUGCGAAAAGACAGGAAAGUAUCGUAUGGAUCUACCUUCCGAUGCCGAGAGAUGAAGAAAUUACUGCGAUCGCGAUGCGGUUGAAGGUUGAAGGGGGAGGGGCCACAACGCAGAAGCCCUUUUUCAUGAUUCGUACAAAGCUAGCCGGGGAUGUGUAUGUUGGCCCAUGCCACCUGAGGCAGCACAGAGAUAUCGUUCUUAGCCAGUCAAGCCCCGAACUGCUCAUUCACAAUGUUGCAGAUGUCGGACCAGCUACUGUAUUCGGGACAUAUCCGCGGAGGCAGCACCAUGACAGCCUACCUCCGUUCAACAGCCGCUGGCCGAAUAUGGACCCUCUGCUUCAUCUAAUGUUCGAGCAUAUGUAUCUUUCCGUGGCGCAAUUAAAAGACGUGACCGGCAUUCAGGUUCUCGAAGACGAGAACUUUGAGUGCAAGGGUAUGAUAUUUGAUUAUAGCAACGGUGCCCAGAGAGCCUUGGGAGACUGUAGAUUCGGGCAUUAUCAUGCGAAAACGUAUCUGAGGCCACGGCGGUUGUGCUACUGUCACGUUCAACCUACACCGGCGAUAGUGCGGGGCGUUCACGUCGAGAUCGGAAGUGAGUCGGACCAUGCACACAGCGGCGAUGACUGGAAGUGCUCGAAGAUGGAAGGGAAUAUCGAGUUUUGGUUCUCCAAGGAACAUUCGGUCAUCGUCUGCCACCCCGUUGAGAACACAGCAUCGCCAUGAGAUGAGGCGUCUUGAGGCCUGGUAGCGCUUUGUUUCCUUGGCGGCAGUUCUAGUUUCGUCUUGAUCAACAGAUAUGCAGAUACAGAGACCCUCAGCCCACUGCUAGUAUACGUCAGUAUAUUGAUGAUCCCCAAGCGCGAAAUCGUGAUCCAGCUG